ACAGUUUCUUAACUUUUAACUAAGAAAAAAGUAAGAACCGGCUCUUAAAUCUUAUAACAUAAAGAACAAGGCUACUCUCUUUUUAGAGCUCCACGUCAUCAAAUAGGAGAGCGAGAAGCUGCCACGUGUCGAAGCAUCCAAACGCAUCGCGUUGUUUAGUCUGUGGGUUAUAGACGCUUUGUUUGUUGGGCCUUGCCAUUUAGCCCAUGCAAUAUAAGAUUAUACAAAACACAGAGCUUUGAGUUAGGUUUACGGUGGUUGUUUUGUUGCGUCUCCAGCUUAGAUCGUUUCACUCCUUGCGCAUCUGACCUUCCAUCUCCUCCAUCGCAAGACCUCAGAAACUGAACGAGCGUCUUUAAUCCCGUCAUUAAUCUAUCACCCACGAUCUGGAUUCAAUGCGAUAUUUUGAUGUGCGAUGCGUUUGAGACGACUAUAAGAAGGUAUCUUUCGUUCUUCUCAGAUACUACAUCACUUCCGUUCUACAUUCUUCUCGGAAAAAAGUGCUAUGGCUAACGUUUUGGUUCUCCUAUCCGAUCUCCAUUCCGGUCGCUCUUCCUCCGCCGUCGAAGUCCGCUUGCUCCGCUUCUGGGAGGCCAGAAACGUCCGCCGUAGUGGAGAACUCAUGGGCGUCGACAUGCUCUUACUCGACUCGCAGUCAACCAUGAUGCCGGCUACAGUUAAUGUUAACCGUCUCGCAACACACCUGACUAAUCUUGAAGAGGGUUCGGUCUACUCUCUUACAGGUUUUGAAGUCACACAUUGUAACCAGAAUUAUCGCCUGUCAGACUCUUCUCUACUAAUCCGGUUUACCGACUCCACCUCUUUCAAGAAGGUCACCGAACCAGCCGUUCCAAUACCUCUUGAAUCAUUCCGGUUCCGUAACUACAGUGAAAUGCUUGGUCUUGCUAAUUCCAACAAUCAAUUACCGGAUCUUAUUGGCGAGAUUACUGCUGUCAAGAGUACGGUAACUGACCCUCCUCAGGAUAAGAAUCGUGUCAUGGCGACCAUUAGGAUGGACAAUGACACGUCUGUGACUAUGAGCCUCUUUGACGCUCAGGCUGUUAAGAUUCAUAAUCAGCUAGAACAGAUAGGAGUGGAUCCAAGGGUUGUUGUUGCAACCAGUGUGAACCCAAAGAUUGUGGGAGGGCGUCUGUUUUUGAACGCCACAUCCGGCACACACAUCUAUUUCGACAAGCAAACAGAUGCAGGGGAACGAUUGUUUUACAGGUUGGUUGAGCGAGACACUGGACUCCCGCCAGUAGCUCCGCUGCUAAAGAGUUAUGCUAAGGUGGAGAAGCUGAGUAUAUCUGAGCUCAAUGAUUUUGUCGUCACUGCUACGUCUCAGGAAAUUGAUUUCAUUUGCGCCGGAAAGGUGACUGGAGUGAAAUUGGACAAGGGGUGGUGCUAUGUUUCCUGUUCAAAAUGUUUCAAGAAACUCCAACGGUCUGUCUCAUCUCUCACGUGUAUGUCUUGCAACAACACCAGUGCAGUUGGUGUUCUUCGAUACCGUGUGGAGAUGUCAAUCGCAGACGAGACUGGUGAAGGUUUGUUUGUUGCGUUUGAUGGAGUUAUUGCGAAGCUCCAUAACAUGAGGGCCCAUGAAGCUGCCAACCUCUUGGCCGGUGAUGAUGUCAACCCCGAAGAAACUGAUGCUCCUCCGUUUGUUCGAGACAUGGAGGGAAAGUCAUACACGUUCCAGGUGAAGGUGGGCCCAUACAAUUUCACAGCAAAUCAUCAAAGCUUCACCAUCUCACGUAUUCUCGGGGAGGGUGAACGUGCGCCACAGCCUGAGUUUGUUGAAGAUGGUGGUGACGAUGACAAUGGAGAUGACAACGACGGUGCUGGCUUGGUGAGACGUAAGAUGAAGGAUGGUGGAUGUAGCAAGUCCGCAGGGCCAUCUGCUAAGUCUAAGAAGGCACGGAAGGCAUAAGUGGGAAGGCAGAUACCCCUUCUCAAUAAUAAUAAAGUUUUUGCUUUUUUUUCAAUAGACAAUUAUGCAUUUGGUGUUUCUCCUUUGGUGUUUUUAUCUUUGUUGACAAUUGCGUUUUCUUUAUGAACAAGUAUGCAUUUGGUAUUUCCCUA